UCGUUCCUUCCUUAACCUUUUUCGACAGUGUGCUACAUCCAUUAGUCCGUCAAGCGCACAUCACAAGAAAGGUUUCAGUCAAUCUAUCACCCACUACUAGCAUACAACAGUGAAAAAGUGAUUUCCUAUCGAAAAAAUGGCAUCGCGUGGUCAAUCGAGGAGAAUACCAGAGUCAGAGUCUCGUAUAGACUAUGUACAAACUGAUGGCCUAGCGGUGAUGAAGAUGGUGAAGCACUGUCACGAAGAGUCUACAAGCAACAUGGAAGUAGCCCAGGGUGCCCUUCUGGGUUUGGUGGUGAACAAUCGUUUAGAAAUUACAAAUUGCUUCCCAUUCCCCAAAAACGAUGAAACCAUGGAUGAAGAGGAAUACCAGCUUGCAAUGAUGCGCAGGCUGCGCCGAGUCAACGUAGACCACUUUCAUGUUGGUUGGUACCAGAGUGCUGAUGUUGGAAACUUUCUGAGUCAUCCAUUGUUGGAAUCGCAGUACCAUUACCAAACUUCGAUCGAGGAAUCUGUCGUGGUUAUUUAUGAUACUGCUAAAUCUGCUAGAGGUUUCUUGACUCUGAAAGCAUAUCGUUUGACUCCGCAAGCCAUCCAGAUGUACAAAGAAGGAGAAUUCACUCCCGAUGCAUUGCGUACAUUGAAAAUUGGUUACGAAUCUCUUUUUAUUGAAGUACCAAUUGUCAUCAAGAACAGUCUUCUCACUAAUAUCAUGAUGUCUGAACUUGAGGAAAUGAUCCCUGAAGAAGAGGGUACUAAGUAUUUGGAUCUUGGUACCGCAACAGUGUUGGAAAAUCAGCUGAGAUGCUUGAUGGACCGAGUUGACGAGUUGAACCAAGAAGCUAUCAAGUUCAACCGUCACCAGCACUUAGUCAUUCGUCAACAGCAGGACAAGAACCGUCUCAUGCAGAAGAGAGCACAAGAAAAUGCAGCAAGGGCAGCCAAGUCCGAGCCACUUCUACCAGACGAGGAUAUCAACAAGCUGAUGAGGCCACUGCCAGUUCCACCACGACUAAACCCUAUGAUUGUAGCUGGGCAGAUCAACACCUACAGCCAGCACAUAUCUCAGUUCUGUUCUCAAAGUUUGGCCAAAUUGUACAUCACUCAGAGUCUGCAAAACGCCAAGGAAUCCAAGUCUACAAAUUGAAAUUCUUAUGAUAUUCUGUAAGAUUCAUUGUAUUCCAUUUGCUUCAAAUAAAAAGACUUCUUUCAUGAACGAAA